AUGUCUGUCGCCGCAGUUACUCGCCCAUUGGCCUCUCGAAUGCUCUGCCAGCGCUUCCCAGCGUCCCUUGCUGCUCGCCGCGCCAUUCCCGCUUUCCCGCGGGGAAGCAUGAGGCACUUCUCGAGAAGCUUGCAGUUCGAGGUUAAGAAGUACACUGAAUCUCACGAGUGGGUUGAGCUCUCAGACAACGGCAUCGCAACAAUUGGCAUCACCCAAUACGCCGCCAAAUCCCUCGGUGACGUCGUCUACGUCGAGCUACCUACCGCGGAUCUCGAAAUUGGUGCCGGAGAGCCUGUCGGAGCUGUCGAAUCAGUCAAAUCUGCCUCGGAUGUCUUGUCGCCUGUGUCAGGCAAGGUUGUUGAUGGUAAUGCCAUCUUGAGUGAUAAGCCCAAAACAAUCAAUGAUAGCCCUGAGGGCGAGGGAUGGAUCGCUAAGAUUGAGGUCAAUGACCCCAACGAGUUGGAAAGUCUGUUGGAUGAGAAAGCUUAUCUGGAGUCUGUUGAGGACCACUAG